UUAUGUUUAUAUCGAAACGUGAAUUCUGAAUCCUGACAUUGUUGCCAGAUUUACCCCCUGUAUAGCCUAUACCCUGUAUCUAUCUGAUCUAAAGUAGGCUCUGGACGUGUAGUAUUAUUCGUAAAUGACAAUUUGACGUGUACAUGUGACGUCGAUAUUUUUGACUGUAUCGUGCAAUGUAUGCCUAACGAUUUUACUGUAGAGAAGAAAUGGAUAAAGUGUAUUUUUCAAUGAUAAAACAAAAAUGUCAGAGUUGAUGGAUAAUUCUUCAGAAAAGAUUGACAUAAUCCUUCCUAGGCAAAGCUUGCUAUACCAGGAAGAAAAUUUGGAUUAUAUACUUUGUAAACCUAAAUUAAUUCCUUUAAAAUCAGUUACAUUAGAGAAGUUAGAGAAGAUGCAAAAGGAUGCUGAAUUAAAGAUCCGAGAAGCAGUAGAAUAUAAUAAUGCAAAUGAUAAUGAAUAAGAUAUAAAACUAAAGGCAAAAUAAUUAUAAAGUUAUGGUGAGAUAAAAUUAGAAAUCACCAAAAUGGUUCUUGGAAUAUUCUUGACAGAAAUUGUGGUAGCAUUUUGCCUUGCUGCCACUUUAUUAUAUAAAUAUGGUAAUAUUUUUCGGCAACAUAUUAUUGUUACAAUCUCUGUACUCAUAGCAUGGUAUUUUUCACUGCUGAUAAUAUUUAUCUUACCUUUAGAUGUUUCAUCUACUGUCUAUAGACAAUGUGAUGAAAAAAAUAUUUAUAAUAGCACAAAAAUAAACUCUGACAGUACAACAACAGUCCCAUUUCAUACUUGUAAAGAACCUUGGCCUAAUGUACCAGAACAUAUAUUUCCAAAUUUAUGGAGAAUUGUGUAUUGGACUUCACAAUGUUUAACAUGGUUGAUAUUACCACUUAUGCAAUCUUAUAUAAAAGCAGGAGAUUUCACAGUUCAAGGAAAGCUAAAGUCUGCUUUAAUAGAUAAUGCUAUAUAUUAUGGAAGUUAUUUGUUCAUAUGUGGUAUCCUCCUAAUAUAUAUAGCAUUAAAACCUGGUUUUGAUCUUGAUGGUCAAAAAUUAAAAGCUAUAGCAUCAUCUGCAUCAAAUACCUGGGGUUUAUUCUUACUGGUAUUACUACUUGGAUACGCACUUGUAGAAGUUCCUCGGGGAUUAUGGAAUGCUAGUAAACCUGGAUACACUUUGAAUUAUAGCUAUUUUAAAGUUGCUAAAUUAAGUUUGGAUAAAUGUGAAGCAGAGGAAACAGUAGAUGACAUACUUGAGUCUUUACAAGCUGCUACAGUAUCUAUUGGACCAGGACAUCCUUUUCAUUGUAAUUUAGAAACGAUUUUUCAAAAAAUUCCUGCAGAAUUAAAAGACAGAAUGAAUAGAAGACAACUACCAGAUGAUACACCAACAGAUACACCAUCCGAAAAAGCAUUAAUACGUUUACAUAGACAAACAAUAAAAGCAUUGCAAACUUUACAACGUAUAGAAACUCAAUGGGGAAUUUUGGUUGAUAAAAUAAUUGAUUUAGAGGAUAUAGCAAAAAAUCAAGUAAGUGAUGAUAAAAGGUUUAAAACAACUUUUCCUACACAUCGUUCAUUUCCACUUCGUGUUGUUUACAGUCCAGUUAUUGAGUGGUAUUGGAAAUGUGUCAUAAGGAGUUAUGUACAAAAAAUUAUAGCUGUUUGCACUGGAUGUCUUUCAAUAGCUGUAGUAUGGUCAGAAGUAACAUUUUUUAAUAAAACUCCAGUGUUAUCAUUAUUUGCCCAAUUUUUGAAUCUAGCUAAAGAAAAUUACGAUUAUUUUACCAUUGAGGUAUUAUCAAUGAUGAUAAUUGCUUACCUUUGUUACUGUGCUUAUUCAACUGUUUUAAAAAUUCGUGUAUUGAAUUUAUAUUACUUGGCACCCCAUCAUCAGACUAAUGAGUAUAGUUUAAUAUUUAGUGGAAUGAUGUUAUGCCGUCUUACACCACCUAUGUGUUUAAACUUUCUGGGUCUUAUACACAUGGAUUCACAUAUUAUUAAAACUCACAUUUUGGAAACUCAUUACACUCAAGUAAUGGGGCAUAUGGAUGUUAUUUCCAUUAUAUCUGAUGGAUUUAAUGUAUAUUUUCCAAUGGCUAUUCUAGCAUUUUGUCUAGCAACAUACUUUAGCCUAGGAAGUAGAUUGCUUUCUAUGUUAGGUUUUCAACAAUUUCUUGAUGAUGAUGAGUUUACAACAGACCUUGUUGAGGAAGGUCAAGAGUUAAUAAAACGAGAGAGACGUAAGAGACAAAGAACAGAAGAUUUGAUGUAUAGAAGACGCGAAUUUCAAGAAAGAUUUAGUAGCGCUACCAGUUCAUCUCGCUACAGAACCUCACGGCAAAGUACCGAUACAGUUCGGCCUUUGAAACGAGAUGAGUCGGUAGAAUCCGCAAGAGCUGGAUUAUUACGUGACUUUGACCCUGCAGAAUAUUAUAUUGGUAUGGCAACUGGAGUUGACAGUUAUGGUGCAAAUAAUAGUUACGAUACAGGCUACCAAGCAGAUGAUUUUUAUGAAGGACAUAUGGACAAUGCAAGAGCAUUUAUUACAAAUACUAAUCGCAUAGGACCUCCACAAAGAGGUUUAUUUGAUGACAUUUAAAUAGAAGCUAAUAGUGCUUAGGUUUUGCUCAGUAACAAAUUAUAGAACAGGUACAUUCGUAUUUAAAAAAUAUUCGAUCUGUUCUUGAUAUAUGAUAGAAUUUUUUAAAUAUUGGAUUUAAAAUUGUGAAUAUAAUUAAGUUCUACAUCUAACAAGUAACAAAUCAUAUAACAUAUAAUUAUAUUACAAUUAAUAUAGUUAAAAAAAUGAAUUAAACAAUGUGGUUAAAAAAUUUGUUUUUUGUAUUUUUAUUGCUUAUUACUAAAUUUCAAGAAGACAAAUAAAAACGCAUUCUAGGGA